AUGGCACAGUUUCACUGUCGAUGGUAUAACUUGGUGAUCUGCCUGUGCAGCCCGUGCAUCUGCCUGCUCCUGUUCUUCAUCUACGCCUGUGUCAUGCUGAGUAUCAAAAUGACAAACACCAGUGUCUAUGUGAGCCAACUAGGACCUCACUUUGUGGCCUCCGGAACUUUCAGGAACGUCAGCUUUGCCCCGAUGCCUAGAACUUUCUGGGAGCAACCCUCGCAAGUCAAAGCCCUCUGGAACCAUCUGCAGCUGGUCAGCGAGCGCAGAUACAACCCCAUCCUGCGUCCCAACAUCAGCAAGUUGAGGUUCGACAGUGAGUCCCUGCUGUGGGAAGGUUACUCUGAAUAUACAGAUUUGGAGAAUGGGACAUCAAACUUUGACGCGCAACCACAGCGCAUGAAAGACUUUGUGAGCCACAUGCAACAGAGGGAUUUCCCGAUCCUGAUACAGCCAGAUGGAAUAUGUGGCGCUGGGGCUAAAAACGAGAAGAAGCGCCCUCUUCUUCUCAUGGCCAUCAAGUCGUCAGAGUUCAACUUCAGGAACCGACAUGCCAUUCGACAGACGUGGGGCAGGGCGGGGUGGGUGGCAGGACACAGCAGGAACAGAAGCAGAGGAGAAGAAACUGGGGGGUAUGUCCGCAGGGUCUUCCUGCUCGGGAGAGAAAGCCCCGAGGUAUUGGGUGUAGAUGUAUCGGAGUUACUGCAGUCAGAGAGUAAACUGUAUGGAGACAUUCUGCAGUGGGACUUCAAGGACACAUUUUUCAACCUCACCCUGAAGGACGUGCUCUUCUGGAAAUGGUUCUCACAUGUCUGCGGCCCCAUUCACUUCGUCUUCAAGGGAGACGACGACGUCUUCGUCAACACCAUGAAUCUGAUAACCUAUCUGCAGGACCAGCUCCAGAAACCACAAUCACACAAGACGUUGAAAGAGUUCAUGGUCGGACAAGUCGUCAGCAUGGCAGUGCCCAUCCGAGAAAGCAACUCCAAGUACUUCAUCCCUGACAGCUUCUACACGGGCUUGUAUCCUUCGUACACAAGCGGGGGAGGGGUGGUGUACUCAGGCCUGCUGACCAGACGCCUACACCUGAUGGCCAAAAGGGUUCACCUGUUCCCCAUCGACGACGUUUACGUGGGUAUGUGUAUGGCCCGGCUCAACACCUCCCCGAUCAACCACCCUGCCUUCUUAACGAUUGGCUUGCACGAAGACGAAAAGGAGCCUUGUUUCUAUCACAGGAUCUUAUUGGUCCACAAGAGAAGCCCCAUAGAGAUUGUGAACUUGUGGGCGUACAUGAAAAAGACACAGACAGAGUGUAGGGACGUGCCCUUGAAGGAAAUAGGCCAAGGACAAGGAACCUAA